GAGGACCCCCGACCCGGAUCGGCGGGGCGCAGCGCGGCGGCCUAGGCCCCGCUGCAGGAGCCGGCGCGCGCCCAGGCCCGGGCGGCAUGCGGAGGCCCCGCGGGCAGCAGGAUGAGUGCGAGCGAGGCGGCGGGCCGCCAGGAGCAGGGCACCUACGGCCUGUGCAUCUACCCGCAGCUGUCCUGGACGCCCGGCCCGGCCUCGUGCUGCGUGCCAGCCGCCAAGGACAGCACCACGGCCGAGGUCAUCCGCGAGGCCGUGGCCCGGCUGCGGCUGGACGGCAGCAAGUGCUACGCACUGGCGGAGGUGAAGGAGGCGGGCGGCGAGGAGUGGGUGCUGGACGCCAGCGAUGCGCCCGUGCACCGCGUGCUGCUGUGGCCACGGCGGGCGCAGGCUGAGCACCCACGGGAGGACGGCUACUACUUCCUGCUGCAGGAGCGCAGCGCCGAUGGCGCCAUCCAGCACGUGCACUCGCCCCUGGUGGCUCAGGCCGCGGCUGCCCGCCGCCUGGUGCAGCGUGGCCUCCUGCCGCCCCCACAGGCCGACGUGGACGACCUGUGCAACCUGCCCGAGCUGACGGAGGACAACCUGCUGAAGAGCCUCAAGUGCCGCUUCCUGCAGCAGAAGAUCUACACCUACGCCGGCAGCAUCCUGGUGGCCGUCAACCCCUUCAAGUUCCUGCCCAUCUACAACCCCAAGUACGUGACGCUCUACACAAACCAGCGGCUGGGCAAGCUGGAGCCGCAUGUGUUCGCCCUGGCCGACGUGGCCUACUACGCCAUGCUGCGCAAGCGCGUGAACCAGUGCAUCGUCAUCUCGGGCGAGAGCGGCUCGGGCAAGACGCAGAGCACCAACUUCCUCAUCCACUGCCUCACAGCCCUCAGCCAGAAGGGCUACGCCAGCGGCGUGGAGAGGACCAUCCUGGGUGCCGGGCCGGUGCUGGAGGCCUUUGGGAAUGCCAAGACGGCCCACAACAACAACUCCAGCCGCUUUGGGAAGUUCAUCCAAGUCAACUACCUGGAGAGCGGCAUCGUGCGGGGUGCUGUCGUGGAAAAAUACCUGCUUGAGAAGUCUCGCCUGGUGUCUCAGGAGAAGGAUGAGCGGAACUACCAUGUGUUUUAUUAUUUGCUCCUUGGAGUCAGCGAGGGAGAGCGCCAAGAAUUUCAGCUCAAGCAGCCAGAAGAUUAUUUCUACCUCAACCAGCAUAACUUGAAGAUUGAGGACGGGGAGGACCUGAAGCACGACUUUGAGCGCCUCAAGCAGGCCAUGGAGAUGGUGGGCUUCCUCCCCGCCACCAAGAGGCAGAUCUUCUCUGUGCUCUCGGCCAUCCUGUACCUGGGCAACGUCACCUACAAGAAGAGGGCCACGGGCCGCGACGAGGGCCUGGAGGUCGGGCCAACCGAGGUUCUGGACACACUGUCGCAGCUCCUCAAGGUGAAGCGAGAGAUCCUGGUGGAGGUCCUGACCAAAAGAAAAACGGUGACGGCCAACGACAAGCUCAUCCUGCCCUACAGCCUCGGUGAGGCCGUCACCGCACGCGACUCCAUGGCCAAGUCCCUGUACAGCGCCUUGUUCGACUGGAUUGUGCUGCGGAUCAACCAUGCGCUCCUGAACAAGAAGGACAUGGAAGAGGCCGUCUCGUGCCUGUCCAUCGGGGUCCUCGACAUCUUCGGCUUUGAGGACUUCGAGCGGAAUAGCUUCGAGCAGUUCUGCAUCAACUACGCCAACGAGCAGCUGCAGUACUACUUCAACCAGCACAUCUUCAAGCUCGAGCAGGAGGAAUACCAGAGCGAGGGCAUCACCUGGCACAACAUCGCCUACACAGACAACGUGGGCUGUAUCCACCUCAUCAGCAAGAAGCCCACCGGGCUCUUCUACCUGCUGGACGAGGAGAGCAACUUUCCCCAUGCCACAAGCCAGACCCUGCUGGCCAAAUUCAAGCAGCAGCAUGAGGACAACAAGUACUUCCUGGGUACCCCGGUUAAGGAGCCCGCCUUCAUCAUCCAGCACUUUGCGGGACGAGUCAAGUACCAGAUCAAGGACUUCCGGGAGAAGAACAUGGACUACAUGCGGCCCGACAUCGUGGCACUGCUGCGGGGCAGUGACAGCUCGUAUGUGCGCGAGCUCAUCGGCAUGGAGCCAGUGGCUGUGUUCCGCUGGGCCGUGCUACGCGCUGCCCUGCGGGCCAUGGCCGUGCUGCGGGAGGCCGCGCGCGUGCGGGCCGAGAAGCGGGAGCAGGCAGCAGGUAUGGAUGGCCCAGGUGCACAGGGCCAGCCCAGAGUGCUGCCUGCUGGAGCCCACACACCCUCGGAAAAGCUUUACCGCGACCUGCAUCACCAGAUGAUUGAGAGCAUCAAGGGCUUGCCCUGGCAGGGAGAGGACCCCCGAAGGCUGCUCCAGUCUCUCGGCCGGCUCCAGCAGCCGCGCACCUGCGUCCUGAAGAGUAAAGGUAUCAAACAAAAGCAGAUCAUUCCCAAGAACCUGCUGGACCGUGCAUCCCUGAAGCUGAUCAUCAGCAUGACGCUGCACGACCGCACCACCCGGUCCCUGCUGCACCUGCACAAGAAGAAGAAGCCGCCCAGCAUCAGCGCCCAGUUCCAGACGUCCCUGAAUAAGCUGCUGGAGACGCUGGGUAAAGCCGAGCCCUUCUUCAUCCGCUGCAUCCGCUCCAACGCUGAGAAGAAGGAGCUGUGCUUCGAUGACGAGCUGGUCCUGCAGCAGCUGCGCUACACAGGGAUGCUGGAGACCGUGCGCAUCCGCCGCUCCGGCUACAGUGCCAAGUACACCUUCCAGGACUUCACGGAGCAGUUCCAGGUGCUGCUGCCCAAGGACGCCCCGCCCUGCCGUGAGGUCAUCUCGGCGCUGCUCGAGAAGAUGCGCGUGCACCAGAGGAGCUACCAGAUCGGGAAGACCAAGGUCUUCCUGAAGGAGACGGAGCGCCAGGCCCUGCAGGAGACGCUGCACCGCGAGGUCAUGCGCAAGAUCCUGCUGCUGCAGAGCUGGUUCCGCAUGGUGCUGGAGCGCCGCCACUUCCUGCAGAUGCGCCGCGCCGCCGUGACCAUCCAGGCCUGCUGGCGCUCCUACCAGGUGCGCCGGGCGCUGGAGAGGACACAGGCUGCUGUGUGCCUGCAGGCCGUGUGGAGGGGCUACCGGCAGCGUAAGGCCUACUGCCGCCAGCGCCGGAGUGUCAUCCGCCUGCAGAGCCUGUGUCGCGGCCACCUGCAGCGCCGGAGCUUCAGCCAGAUGCUCGGCGAGAAGCAGAAAGAGGAAGAGCGGGCAAGGGAGGCCCAGGAGGCCGCAAGGGGGCAGGACACGGAGCCCGGGCCCGGCCCAGAGGCCGCCGAGGAACAGGUGGCCGGGCAGGGUGUGGGGGCCGCUGGGGACUCUGAGCACCUGGCACCAGCACCAGAGCCACAGCCGGAAGAACGGUCACCAGCAGAGGAGGAGGCAGCGCCACCCCCGGGGAAGGGGCUCCAGACUCCAAGGAGCACGGCUGUGGCAGCGGGCGAGGGCCACGAGAAGGCAGCCAGCAGCCGGGAGAAGCGCGAGUCCCGGCGGCAGCGAGGGCUGGAGCACGUGGAGCUGCAGAACCGGCACGUGCAGGCCUCCCGAGAGGAGCCCACGGGCAGCAGGGACGAGGCCGCUCAGCCCGGCCCGGAGCCUGUGGGGCUCCCCGCACAGCGGCCCACCAGCCUGGCCCUGGACAGGGCUGCCGGCCCCGGGGCCGGGGCCCACAUCCAGCGGUACCAGCCCUCCGAAGCCGAGCAGCUGGCCAUCGCCGUGGAGCAGUGGCGCGGCCGGAAGCUGGGGACUGCCACCACCGUGGGCGCCACCCUGAGCCAGUCCCUAGACCUUAGCGACCGGCACCGGGCUGUGGGGCCGCCCCUCAGCCCCACCCGGGAGAGGCGCAUCUCCUUGUCCACAGGCGACGUCUCCAAGCUGUCCCCAGCCAAGCCACAGCCUUCCCCCGAAGCUGGCGGGGACCCCAGCACCAAGAAGCCGGCCGUGCACAAGAAGAAGUCAGGUGACGCGUCCUCUGGCCCAGACGCAGGGCUCUCGCCGGGCUCCCAGGCCGACUCCAAAUCCACCUUUAAGAGACUUUUCCUACAUAAGACCAAGGAUAAAAAGUACAGCCUGGAGGGUGUGGAGGAGACGGAGAAUGCAGUAGCAUCUGGGCACGUUGCGCUGGAAGCCACCACUGUGAAGAGGAAUCCAGAAGCCCCGUUCGGCCACCAGCCGCGCCCCGCAGCAGGCGAGAAGCAUACGAAGGAUGCGGGCGGCAAAGGGAAGAAGAACCGCAACCUCAAGAUUGGCAAGAUCACAGUGACGGAGAAGUGGCGGGAAUCAGUAUUCCGCAAGAUCACCAACGCCAAUGAGCUCAAGUACCUGGACGAGUUCCUGCUCAACAAGAUAAACGACCUGCGCUCCCAGAAGACGCCCAUCGAGAGCCUAUUCAUUGAGGCCACUGAGCGGUUCCGCAGCAACAUCAAAACCAUGUACUCCGUCCCGAAUGGAAAGAUUCAUGUCGGCUACAAGGAUCUGAUGGAGAACUACCAGAUCAUCGUCAACAACCUGGCCAGCGAUCCCGGUGAGGACACCAACCUGGUCCUCAACGUCUUCCAGUCCCUGCUGGACGAGUUCACGCGUCGAUGCGCCAAGAAUGACUUUGAGCCUGUGAAGCCUAGCAAAGCUCAGAAGAAGAAGCGGAAGCAGGAACGAGCCGUGCAGGAGCACAAUGGCCACGUGUUCGCCAGCUACCAGGUCAGCAUUCCACAGUCGUGCGAGCACUGCCUGUCCUACAUCUGGCUCAUGGACAAGGCCCUGCUCUGCAGCGUAUGCAAGAUGACCUGCCACAAGAAGUGCGUGCACAAGAUCCAGAGCUACUGCUCCUACCUGAGUGGGCGGAAGAGCGAGCCGGGCGCCGAGCCAGGCCACUUCGGCGUGUGCGUGGACAGCCUGACCAGCGACAAGACCUCAGUGCCCCUGGUGCUGGAGAAGCUGCUGGAGCACGUGGAGCUGCAUGGGCUCUACACCGAGGGCCUCUACCGCAAGUCGGGCGCCGCCAACCGCACGCGCGAGCUCCGGCAGGCACUGCAGACAGACCCCGCAGCCGUGCGGCUGGAGGACUUCCCCAUCCAUGCCAUCACUGGUGUCCUCAAGCAGUGGCUGCGAGAGCUGCCUGAGCCCCUCAUGACCUUCGCCCAGUAUGGCGACUUCCUACGAGCCGUGGAGCUGCCCGAGAAGCAGGAGCAGCUGGCCGCCAUCUACGCCGUCCUGGAGCACCUGCCUGAAGCCAGCCACAACGCGCUGGAGCGGCUCAUCUUUCACCUGGUCAAGGUGGCCCUGCUGGAGGACGUGAACCGCAUGUCGCCCGGGGCGCUGGCCAUCAUCUUCGCUCCCUGCCUCCUGCGCUGCCCCGACAACUCGGACCCGCUGACCAGCAUGAAGGACGUCCUCAAGAUCACCGCGUGCGUGGAGAUGCUGAUCAAAGAGCAGAUGCGGAAGUACAAGGUGAAGAUGGAGGAGAUCAACCAGCUGGAGGCAGCCGAGAGCAUUGCCUGCCGCCGGCUCUCCCUCCUGCAGCAGACAGCGCCUUGGCCUUUCAAACUGGGGUUCUCAUCUCCCUGUGAGGGGGUGCUGAGCAAGAGCCCCAAGACCCCCGUGAGCCGUGACAGCAGCCUGGAGGAGCUGGAGGCGCUGCCCGAGGAGGAGGCGGCAGCGGCCAGGGGCCACGAGAACCGCGAGAAGGAGAUCCUCAUGGAGCGGAUCCAGUCCCUCAAGGAGGAGAAGGAGGACAUCACGUACCGGCUGCCAGAGCUGGACCCUAGGGGCUCCGACGAAGAGAACCUGGACUCAGAGACAUCGGCCAGCACCGAGAGCCUGCUGGAGGAGCGGGCCGGGCGGGGGUCUGCGGAAGGGCCCCCUGCGCCCAGGCCCCCCCAGCCCAGUGCACCUCCCCCGAGCCCCCUCCCCUCGAUGGCCCCUCCAAGGCGCCAGCCAGCGCCCUUCGCCACGGUGAGGGUGAAGACCCCGCGGCGGACGCCCGUCAUGCCCACCGCCAAUAUCAAGCUCCCACCCGGCUUGCCCUCGCACCUGCCCACCCGGGAGCCCGCUGGCCCGGUGAGGCGCCGGGAGCCGCCUGCGCGCCGCCCCGACCAGGUGCGCUCCGUGUACAUUGCCCCCUGCCGCGGGCUGCCCACACCUGGAGCCCUGGAGCCCCUGGACAAGGACGCGCGGCCCCGGGGGGCCAAGCGCAGGUACUCGGACCCCCCUACCUACUGCCUGCCCCCUGCCCCGGGCCAGGCCCCUGGCUGAGGAUGAGGCAGGUGCAUCAAGGACGCCUGUGCUGGGCUGCAGCUGGCACUGGGCUCUGGGAGGACCCCGAUUGGAAGCUCCGCAGUGACGGGUCGAGGGCGCUGCCUGGGCCGCAGUCCAGGCCAGAGAGGCCACUGAGCGCCAUCGGGGCCACUGAAUCCCAGCGGUGGCCUCACCUCCCUCUCCCCUUUUGUACGUUUUUACGGUAACUUUGUACGUGGUUUACAUAACUUCAAACUGUAACAGCCUCAACGGGAGAUCAAACUUUUCUACGCGUACGUCAGACUUCUCCAUUAAGGCUGUGCACAUCCCUGUAACCCGGGCCUGGGCAGAGCAGAGCGCGCACUGGCCGCCACACUGGUCCCCGUGGGUGGCCACUGGGACCUUGCACGGCACUGGCGCUUUGGACUCUUGGGGCACCUGCCCACCCCCAUCUGUCUCCAACGUGGGACUUGCGCUUGUGGUGGCCACAGCCACCUGGCUGAGGUACAUUCCAGAGCGCGUCGGAGCCCUCUGUGGGGUCACAGGACAUGAGGUGGGGUGGCACUGCCUGCAGCAGCACAGUCUGCACCCCAGGGAGACCAGACCGUGGCUAUCACACCUCUGUCGCCAUGUUCUGUGGGUGCCAGGGCUGGAAGAGAUGGCCUUGUGACUCAGGACCAUGCCCCAGCCAGAAGCUGUCCGUCCUGCUCCUUGGCUCUGCAGCUCCAGACAUCGGACACUAGGACACAAGGCCACAGGCCUGGGACCCAGGGCUAAAUAAAGAGGAAGUGCCUGUGA